AUGGAGACCGUCGUUCAAUAUUUACUUUUGGCUCUUGCACUGACCUCAGUGCAAAUAUCUCUUACUGAAAGCCGUCUAAAUGAAAAACGUAGGGAUAAAACUGAAAGACGAUAUCAUAACGUACAAGUAAAAGAUAACAUGUGCGAAAUUACAAAUCGAGAAUCAAAAGUUCAUUGUUAUUGCGAGAACACGGAAAUAAAAACAGCCACUAGAGCAGACUGCUGGGUGUUUAAUGGUGGUAUUGAUGAAACUGACCCAAUUUGGUCUAGCUUUAGUUCGCAACCGUAUCUAGAGAGAUUGACUUUCAACGUAAGGUCCGACGGAGCGCUGAAAUUUAUCCCUCUCCAAGUGAUCCACCGUUUGAAGAGAUUGCAAAAGUUAUAUAUACACUAUGCAACUUUAAAUAAGAUAGAGAAAAAAACAUUCACUAACAUGUCCACUGUAAGAGAAAUAACAUUGAUGAAUGAUAAAAUAAUGGAGUUAGAUUUCUCAGCGUUUUCGAGCCUACCAGCCCUCGUAAACUUAACGAUAAAAGGGAAUAAAGUAGCUGAAAUACAAAGGGACGUUUUUGUCGAUUUACCAAGUCUCAGAUACCUCGAUUUGUCGUUUAACAGCAUUAGUCUGACACAUGACGGAUGUUUUGAACAUUUGAAUGUACUCAAUGAUUUAGUCUUAGAAGCAAACUUAAUAUCAGUCUUAACCAGAGACACGUUUAAGGGUUUAUCUAAUUUGACUAGAUUGGAUUUGAGAUCAAACAAGUUAUCAAUGAUAGGUGACUUAACGUUUUCAGAGCUAUGGAAUUUAAAUGAGCUUCUAUUGGACAAUAAUGAACUGAAAUAUUUAUCGGAGAGAGCCUUCGACGGACUGACCAUGCUUCAGAAAUUGUCUAUCACUGGUAAUAAAUUACAAUCCAUUAACGAGGGUCUCUUAGAAGGUGUUCGAGGAUUAGAACUGUUGGAUUUAAGAAAUAACGAUAUCGAACUAUUUACGUAUGAAACAAUCAAACCGAUUCACGAGAAUUUAAAAUUGAAAACGUCUGUACUUUAUUUAAGCGGUAAUAAAUUACAUUGUGAUUGCCGUUUAUCAUGGAUACAAGUAUUACGUAAUGAAACAAAAAGCGAGCCACUGAGAAUGGCACUGGAUGAAGUCACAUGUGCAUAUGUCACCGAUGAAUCUACUACAAAUGAAAAAGUUAAAUCUAAUAAUAACGAAAACAUGUUUGAAAUUGAAACGAAUAGCGAUGUUCUUCAACAGGACAGCAAUGAUGAUGUAUAUGGAGAAACUAAACCCUCUUACAAGUAUGAGGAAACUAUAAAAUCUCUUGAAAAUCAAGUUACAUUAGUAGAUAUACCUGCUCAAGCAUUGCCUUGUCCUGGAAAACUUGUACAAAACGGAGAAGACUCUUUGAUGUUAUCUUCAAAAGAAGAAAACUACUGGCUCCCAAAUUCAAGUCUGAAAAUCUUAUCGAAUCUAUGGUUAGUUCUAUCGCUAACAAUGACAACCGUAUUCUAU